AUGAGCCUCGAUAAUGUGAGGGAACAAUUGACCACAAUCUUCGAAUCAGUACAGCUAGCCAAACUCGGAAUAAUUUCUAAAGCACUACUUUUUCCAAAGGAAUUGGACUUUAUCAUACACAUACUUUUGGAAGAAGGGCUCAACAUAACGAGUUACGACCAAGCGUAUGAACAUCUAGAACCAGUAGCAAUCCACCACGAUAAUCAAUUACAACUACUGAUAAAAGUUCCAAAUUUUCGGAAUGGAAGCUACCAUAUGUUAAGGAUGGAACCAAUUCCAAUCAACCAUUCAAUUAUACACAUACAGUCUAAAUAUGUCGUUACCAGCAAACUAGAAACAUAUUUAAUUGACAAAUUCAACUCGAUCGAAGGAGAAUACAUUAUUAAGCUCACCAAUUUACGGAAUGUCACCAACAACGAAUGCGAACAUCAAUUACUUCGUACCAACCAGAGUAAAUGUGUGUUCAUGCAACACAAUAACAACAUGGAAGUCACAUACAUAGAGAACUACGGUACACUCAUUAAAAAUGCUCGAUCAGCAACGUUUGACAAUACUUGUGGAUACGAAAAGAAAAACAUUACCGGUACAUUCUUUGUAAAUUUCAAAAAUUGUUCAAUCUUCAUCAACGGGCUUAAAUAUUCGGAAAAAGAAAUGCAGACAAUAGCAAACCCGGACAUCAUACCAAUAUCCACGAUACGAGUAUCAGAAACAACACUAGAGUUAAACGAAAUUCAGAACCUAACCAAAUUGCAUAUAAAUAACAGAGAUAAAAUCAGAUACAUUGAAAAAAUGAAUCAUCGCAUCACCACGCACCAUAUCAUGAGCGGAACCAUCGUCGUAACCGCCAUAUUUGUUCCAGGAAUUCGGAAUCGCGGAGAGGCGACCGGGAACGUGACGAUCCGUACCUGA